AGUACUUACUAUGGGGCCGGCGAUAUGGAAGAAGCGAAAUGAGAUCCGCGCCGUAGUAGCAUGUACUGAGCCAACAAGAACCUUGUAGUAUAAGCUACAUGAGUUGAGAACCACUCACCACAUACAAGAUCCACGCCGUAACUACAUCCACAAAGUCAACGCGACAUCAUGUUACUAGGGGUGCUUCAAGAAGCGCACCCCACAGCAAGUGGAUCCCCGCGCAUGAUGCAAGGGCGACCUGCCCCAACGCAGAUGAUGCGAAGUCACACUGACUCAUUGUUGGCAGUCUCGUUCUUCAAGGACGGUCGACGAGUUGUCAGCGCUUCACACGACAAAACCCUGCGGAUUUGUGAUAUGCAGAGAAGAUCAUUGGUAGGAGGGCCAUUCGAGGGUCACAAGGACUAUGUACGAUCAAUCGCCGUAUCUCCAGACGACAGGCGGAUUGCGAGCAGUGGAGAUGAUAAAGUCGUAAUCAUCUGGGACGUUGAGAGCGAACGGAUGAUAUUCGAUCCACUGGAGAAGCAUACAGGCUGGGUGCUGUCAGUGUGUUUCUCACCUGAUGGAAAGAGGCUCGCCAGUGGAUCGCACGAUAAAACGGUUGUCAUAUGGGAUGCAGAGACUGGCGGUGUCCUUGCAACACUCGACAGGCAUAAUAAUUCGGUCUGGAGUGUUGCAUUCAGCCCAGAUGGGCUCAAACUAGCCUCCGGAUCAGCGGAUCAUUCAAUCCGGAUUUGGCGCUCCGAUAAUGCCGAGCUUCUUCUCGAAAUCGACGCUCACCAACAUUGGGUUCGAAGCGUCGUGUGGUCCCCUGACAGCCACCAACUUGUCUCUGCGUCGUUCGACAAAACAGUCAAAUUUUGGAGCUCAGACACCGGAGCUCAGAUCGGUCAACCUUGCACUAGUGACACUUACCACUCGCUCGCCAUCUCUUCUAAUGGCUCUUUCAUUGCCACUGCCUCGGACGACAGCACUUUGCGGCUGUGGUGCACAAAGACACACAAGUUGAUGGGACAGGUACUCGAACACGCUGCUUUGGUUCGCUGUGUCGCAAUUUCUCCCAACGGAGAGCUGCUCGUGAGUGGAGAUGGUGAAGGGAAGGUGCUGCUCUGUUCUAUUAAGAACAUACUCGAGCAACACAAUGCAGAGGAAGGGAUAUUAGAAGAUGAAGAAGCACAGCAACGACGGCCCCCAUUCAGUGAGACUCAGUUGCGCAGUUACGAGAACAACGAAAAGUUUCUUGGCAAUCACGGUAGUCCAAGUAAAUAUCCCUCGGAAAUUGACGAAGCCUCUGGCAUCGAUGACGAACACUCAUUAUUUGACAUUCUCACUAUACCGGCGACGCUCCACAAUGGAUCCAUUAUUGACAUCCUGCAUGCCGCUGAAGAGCUGCUGACCCAAGAGAUUGACGCAGAUGACGACUACGAAUCCUAUGCCAAUCGCUCAGUUGUAAGGGCACGACAUGCCGAGUGGGAGAAUGCGCUUCAAGAUGCAACCAAGUCAAUUGCAAUCCAGCCCUCCUUAUUGGGGUAUAUUUCUAAGGGCAUCGCCCUCUGUGGCAACGGGCAGCUCUGGGACGCGAUGGAAGCUUUCGAUCUCGCUUUCAUAUUCUACAAUCAUAAUCCGAUUAUCGUAGAUCUAUUACUAUUGAUCAAGGCUGUUUCACUUUUCAAUGCCAGUCGUCAUAAUGAAGCAAUGCGGCGAGUUCAAGACCUGGCCACUACUUAUCAACGCCCACAUAGAUUUCCGUGCAGUGUUAUCAAUGUGGGUUUGAUGUUCAACCUUACAAAUUUUCUCACUUUGAAAACCUCCUCAGUCGUAUCUACGUGCGCAGCUUGCGAUGAUUGAUUUCGAGAAUGGGCAAUACAGCGAAGCUGCUGAUCAACUCACGGCCAGUAUUACUGGGUUGUUCUUACACACGACACUUUUGGAACCUAGAUUGAAGAUAUUCACGGUGCUCUUCGGUUGGAAUUUAGAUUCGUUAUGGGAAACCAUCAACCAAAGACGGUGCGACGCGUUC